AUGGCGACCAAGUAUGACAUCACCAGCGUGUAUCGGCUAAAUUCCGGGCACGAGAUUCCUGCCUUGGGCUUUGGGGUAUAUCGCACUCCCGUCGAAGAAUGCAAGCGAUGCGUUCUCAAAGCAUUCGAAGUCGGCUAUCGUCACAUUGACUCUGCCACUGCAUAUCACAACGAGAAACCCUGUGGCGACGCUAUUCGAGAAUCUGGCAUUCCCCGGGAAAAAGUGUUCAUCACCACCAAGAUCCCACCCAGGAUUCAAGGCUACGAAAAGGCUAAGGAUUCUAUCAACAAGAGUCUGAAGGAAUCUGGGCUUGACUAUUUUGACUUAAUUCUCAUCCAUGCCCCCUUCGGCACUAAAGAUGAACGCCUUGGUUCAUGGAAGGCAAUGGCUGAAGCCCAAAAGGCGGGCAAAGUGCGUUCGCUGGGUGUCUCAAACUACGGGGUUCAUCAUCUCGAGGAACUGAAAGAAUAUAUCCAAAAUAAUAAUAGCAGUCCUAUUGACGUCGGGCAGUGGGAGUUGCACCCAUGGCUCGGCCGCAGGGAUAUCGUCGAUUGGUGUCGCGCAAACAACGUCGUUGUUGAGGCUUACUGUCCGGUUGUGCGGGCCCAGAGACAUGAUGACCCCGUAGUGACGAAACUGGCGAACAAACAUAACAGAACGCCAGCGCAGAUUCUGCUGAGAUGGAGUUUGCAGAUGGGCUUUGUUCCCCUGCCAAAGUCCGUGACUCCAUCUCGUAUUGAGGAGAAUGCGCAGCUUUACGAUUUCGAAUUAUCAAGCGAGGAUAUGGACUUGUUGACCACGGACGAAUAUUCUCCUGUUGCUUGGGAUCCCACCAAGGAUACACAAGUUUAG